GCUUCUUCCUCUCUGAUUUUUGCUGCCGCCACCCAAUGGCCGCCACCCAGAAUCAGAGAAGACAAAAAUGUCCAGCAUCACAUUUAGCUAUAUGAAUAGCAAAACUACAUAGAGCCUAAACUAUUUACCGUUUUCUUAAUUCUAUGGAAACGUAUUUUGAGAACGGAAUUGGUACGGAAAUCAAAAUGCCUUGUCAAAAUCAGCAGCUGAACAACAAUGACAGACAAGAACACGCGGCAAUGAGCGGCACCAAGCAGGUUCGGUUUGCUAGCUGCGGAAACAGCGUCCUGCCAGAGUCGAAUAGAGAUGCAGAAGUCCCCGAAACUUGUGAAAAUGUGUUUAACAGUGAACUACAGAGGCAGAUCGGAUCGCAAUUAAAACUGCUUCCUUUGAAUGACCAAAUACGAGAAUUACAGACCAUCAUUAGAGACAAGUGAGUCAUCAUCUUUUGUCAAAAUGAUAGCAAACACAGUAUCUGACACAGAUAAUGGAUCUGUAUUAUCAUGCACCAGAUAACUGUCUAAUAAUGUGAAAUUGAAUGAUGCAUUGUAAACCAAGUGAAUGGCCAAUCGACACCAUGUUACUAUUUAUAACUGUCAUAUUACACUGCACUUAUAUGGUUACGGUAGCCUUAUAUGUGGUCUUUGUUACCCAGAACUGUAAAUACACCAGGUUAUUUCAAUGAAGAAGAUGUAGGCCAAAUGCCAUUAUAGUCUGCUCCAUUACGCGGUAGUAGCCUAAACGUGGCCACAACUUCCUUGUCUAGCAUGAGGUUUAAUACAAAUAAUGUUAGACCUACUGACAACAAUAGACAAUACUGAUAACAGAACAUUGAAUGAGUACACUAAUCACAAUUUGAGUUUCUGUUGUAAGCUGAUUCCACGAAUAGGCCUACAAUGUUUUUGUGUGAAAGUGGAUCAUGCAUGGAUUUCCUCUUUUAUGUAACCCUUACUGUAAGCAUACAUUUUAUUAUUGUUCUUUUACAGGUCUACUAGCAGGGGAGAUUUUGUAUUUUGUGCAGAUAGAUUGGUAAGAAACUGUCUUGGUUCAAUUGACACUGUUGUUUUCACUCUAGGUCAACUACUAAUAUAUUAUAAUGUUUUUAAUUGAAUGACUCAUUUGUAUAAUGCACACUCUAUUGUUUUGACCCACUCGGUUGGUCAACAGAUCAGACUAGUGGUUGAAGAGGGACUCAAUCAGCUGCCAUACAGCGAGUGUACGGUGACCACUCCUACAGGUUAGACCUAUUGGGUGAAAUUAGUCAGAAAUUAUAGAAAUUGGUUGAAUACUAUGUAUUACAGGAUAACUGUUACAUUUCUCACCAAGAACAGAACUGUCUAUUUUAAUCUCCCCCCUCUCCUUCAGGGCAUAAAUAUGAUGGCGUCAAGUUUGAAAAAGGCAACUGCGGUGUCAGUAUUAUGAGAAGUGGUAAGGCACUGAUCAUAUAGGAUAUUAAAGGAAGAUACAUCUGAAUUGGUCUCUGAAUAGAAUCCCUGGCUGGUGGACUUGCCUAUAAGCACCUGACAUACCUAGUGCUAUCCACUCAACUGUUUGACUUAUCAGUUUGACUUGCUCACCAUUACUACAUCUUGUAUGAGGUUUCCCUUGAAUGAAUUGAGUUGAAUUAAACGUCUAUUAAUUGCUGUGUGUGUGUGUGUAGGCGAGGCCAUGGAGCAGGGCCUCAGAGACUGCUGCCGGUCCAUCCGUAUCGGUAAGAUCCUAAUCCAGAGUGACGAGGACACCCAGAAGGCCAAAGUCUACUACGCCAAGUUCCCCCCAGACAUCAGCAGGAGGAAAGUCCUCCUCAUGUACCCCAUUCUCAGUGAGUAUGGAUAUACAGUACUUGUGUACCCCAUUCUCAGUAAGUAUGGAGAGAGUAGCACUCACAUUCCCCAUCCUUAAUCACAGUCCAGGGGGAUUACACACAUGUAAACACAAAAGUCUUUACAUGUCUUUAGGCCAAGCACGGUGUAAAACCCUGCCGUGGAAAAGCACUAACAGAUAGUCUCAAUACAGCACUAACUCCUCUUCAGGACAAAGAGUUCAGGUGAAGUGUUGCCCUGCCCUGGGCCUGAAGAACUGUCACUUUUUUUAAUGAACCAGAAAUGAGGACUUACUUGCUCCCAUUAGCAAGACAAUAGUGUAGUCAUAGGCAUCCACUGUUUUUAUGAAGAACCCUAGACAGUGAGACCUUUCCACUUGAUUUGCUCUUUGCUACACGAUUUCUGUUAAAUUACACCUUCCAGCUAAGAUAAUUGUGGGAAGGUGUCUUUUAUUUGGUUCUGAUAAUGACCUUAGUAGGUAGCAUGCUGCAUAUAUUUCAGCAUCAUUUACCCCAAGAAAAUAAUCACAAGUAUAUCUGAUUGGGGUAAACCAUAACGAGCUCACUGCAAGGCCAUGAAAAUGAUAAAUAGGAGAAAUGAAGCCACAAAGAGAAGUAAUGUUCAUAUUUUUGUCCUCUAACUAGCAUCCCUCUCUGAAACGAUGAAAAACGUAUUUGAGAGAUCAAAAUGACAUUUUGUUAUUUUAUAGAAAGUAGCAGCAGAUGAGUCAUAGUAACAAUCACAAGGCUAGUAAGGACAGACUUUUCUUCAAUACUUCCAUAAUGUUGCCUGUUCUUCUGUCAAGUCACUGUGAUAUCUGUCCUGUGUUUUUGCUAGCUAUACAUGUUCUGCCUUUAGGUACAGGUAAUACAGUGAUUGAGGCUGUGAGAGUUCUGACUGAACAUGGUCUCCAGCCCAAACAUAUCAUCCUCCUGAGUCUCUUCUCCACCCCUCACGGUACACCUCACCUACAGUCCCUUGCUUAAUAUCGAAGUAGAUUCUGUAAUGUUCAAAAUUCUGGGGUUUCAUACUACAGCCUGUUGUCCAUUCAUUCAGUUUUAUUGAAGGCACUACAAGUCUAAUGGUUGUGUCAUCUCACCAGGUGCCAAAUCCAUCAUUCAAGAAUUCCCAGAAAUCACCAUACUGACCACCGAGGUGCACCCUGUGGCUCCCACACACUUUGGCCAGAGGUACUUUGGGACAGACUAGUCAGCCCUCCAGGGCCAUUCAAUGGGACACCAUACUAUGAGAACCAACCAUUGAAUGGUCCCUCUCUCGGUUAAAUGCGGAAGACACAUUUCAGUUGAAUGCAUUCAGUUGUACAACUGACUAGGUAUCCCGCUUUCCAUUUUCCUCUCUGUCUGAUGUCAGUUUGUCCACUUAUUUCAAAAGGAGUUGUUACCCUGCUGAAGAAUGUUGCUUUGCUGUGUACGCCGCCUUAACCUGUACUCCUCAGUCUGACAAAAACAAUGCAAAUAUUUUCCUGGAAACAGAAAAAGCACAUUCCAUGCUGGUCUUUUAGGAACUAGUCUAGCGAGCUUGCAUGUACUGCUGCCAUU